AUGAGAGCACCAAGGGAGCCCAAGGUCAAGCCGCCCAACAUUGAUGCCUAUGAUGGGACUACGGACCCAGACAUGCAUCUCUUAGUUUACAGACAUCACAUGUAUGUUCAAGGAACAACCGACUCAACUUGGUGUAAGUACUUUCCAGGAACAGUGAAAGGGGUAGCGUCUAAGUGGUUUGAGAGGCUCCCAGCUAGAACCAUUCGCUCCUUUUCGGAGCUUGAGUUAUUGUUUUCCACUCGGUUCAUGGCUCACAAAGAAGAUAAGAAAACGAGCAUGCACUUGAGUCGAAUUCAGCAAGGGAAAGACGAGUCUCUGAGAAGCUAUGUAAAAAGAUUCAACUUGGAGGCGGGGCAAAUCCCAGAUUUGCCGGAUGGUGUGGCAUUUGAUAACUUUAUCCGAGGGCUUAAGAAGGGCUCGUUCAAGUUUGAUCUGGUAAAGAAAAGUGUGCGAACCAUGGCCGAGGUGUUAGAUGAGGCCGAGGCCUUCAUUCACGCAACAGAAAUUUACAGCGUCCCAAAAGAUCCCAGGGGAAUUGAUACCGCUGAGCCGGCGGCAAAAAAAGGAAAAAUUUGA